CUCUUACGAACUCGCUCUUUUCUCUAUCUCAGGAGAAAGGAAAGGCGAAACCCUAGCGAAAGAGGCCGCCGGGAACUACUGUAUACUAAGCCCCUCCGCUCCCUUCUCCGAUCCGUCCUCGUCUCUUUAUAUUGCUCCUGGAUCGGUCGGAUUCGGCGUCCGGUUCAUCCUUCUGCGGUGGUUCUUAGGCAGCAGAAUGGUGUCUGACGCGAGCAAGAAGAAGGCGGCGGCCAAGAAGGCUGCAGCGGCGGCGAAGAGGGGAGGGAAGUCUGCGGCGGCCUCAUCGAAGGUGUCCGAGGUGGCCAACGGGGUUUCGAAGGUCGCCGAUGGAGUUGGGGCGCUCCAGAUCUCGGAUCGCACGUGUACUGGAGUGCUUGCUUCGCAUCCCCAAUCCAGAGAUAUCCAUAUUGAAUCCUUGUCAUUAACUUUUCAUGGGCAUGAUCUGAUUGUAGAUUCUGAGUUGGAACUCAACUAUGGAAGGCGCUAUGGUUUGCUAGGACUGAAUGGUUGUGGGAAGUCGACUCUUCUUGCAUCUAUUGGAUGCAGGGAGCUCCCUAUUCCUGAGCAUAUGGAUAUAUACCACCUUUCGAGGGAAAUUGAAGCUUCAGACAUGUCCUCAUUGGAGGCUGUGAUUUGCUGUGAUGAAGAAAGAUUGAGGUUGGAGAAAGAAGUUGAAAUACUGGCUGCUGAGGACGGCGGUGGAGGAGAAGCUUUGGAUCUCAUCUAUGAGCGAUUGGAAGCUCUUGAUGCAUCAACUGCUGAGAAGCGUGCUGCUGAGAUUCUGUAUGGUCUUGGAUUUAAUAAACAAAUGCAAGCAAAGAAAACCCGAGAUUUCUCUGGUGGCUGGCGCAUGCGGAUUGCAUUAGCUAGGGCACUCUUUAUGAAUCCAACAAUACUUUUGCUUGACGAACCGACAAAUCAUCUUGACCUGGAAGCAUGCGUUUGGUUAGAAGAGACUUUAAAGAAGUUUGAUCGAAUCCUCGUUGUGGUGUCGCAUUCUCAGGAUUUUCUCAAUGGAGUCUGCACCAACAUCAUACACAUGCAAAGCAAGAAGCUUAAGCUGUACUCCGGUAACUACGAUCAGUAUGUCCAAACUCGCUCUGAGCUGGAAGAAAAUCAGAUGAAGCAGUACAAAUGGGAGCAGGAUCAGAUUUCAUCGAUGAAAGAGUACAUUGCUCGCUUUGGACAUGGUUCCGCGAAAUUGGCUCGCCAAGCUCAGAGCAAGGAGAAAACCCUAGCUAAGAUGGAGCGCGGUGGGCUUAUGGAGAAAGUGGUGAAGGACAAAGUGUUGGUCUUUCGCUUCACAGAUGUCGGCAAACUCCCCCCACCUGUCCUACAGUUUGUCGGCGUGACUUUCGGCUACACUCCGGAGACCCCCCUCAUCUACAAGAACCUUGAUUUUGGGGUGGAUCUAGAUUCAAGAAUUGCUCUGGUAGGGCCUAAUGGUGCUGGCAAGAGCACAUUGCUGAAGCUAAUGACUGGGGAUAUCGCUCCUACAGAUGGAAUGGUGCGACGGCACAAUCAUCUCAGGAUCGCACAGUUUCACCAGCAUCUGGCUGAAAAACUGGAUCUAGAUAUGCCGGCACUCCAGUACAUGAUGAAGGAGUACCCAGGCAAUGAGGAAGAGCGGAUGAGGGCCGCCAUAGGUAAGUUUGGACUGUCAGGGAAAGCACAGGUGAUGCCCAUGAAAAACUUGUCGGACGGUCAGAGGAGCAGGGUGAUCUUUGCCUGGCUGGCCUGGAGGCUACCUCAUCUGCUGCUCCUGGAUGAACCCACAAACCACCUGGAUAUCGAGACUAUCGAUUCGCUAGCGGAGGCUCUGAAUGAGUGGGACGGGGGUCUGGUUCUGGUGAGUCACGAUUUCAGAUUGAUCAACCAGGUGGCCAAGGAGAUCUGGGUCUGCGAGAAUCAAGCUGCCACCAGGUGGGAGGGCGACAUCAUGGAAUUCAAGCAGCACUUGAAGAGCAAGACCGAGUUCAACUGAUACAGCAAGGGAAAAAAACACAGUAUUAUCUUAAUUAAUGUUUUAUUCAGAGAUUAUCCUACGAUUAUCGUCAUUAAUAUUCACUGUCAUGUAUAACUCGAGGCUGCGUAGCAUUAAAUUAGCCGUUCCCUUAUAUUUAAACUAGCCUGGACGUUAUGUUGUAUUCUUGCCGAACCAAACAAGAAUAUUAAGUUAUUAUAUUUUUCCAAUUGAAUAAUAAUUCCAAAUCCUGUGUGCAGUUGAAACA